AUGACAGGUGUGAGCACAGAACUGAGGACAGCAGACUCUCUGCUUGUGCUGCUGAGUUCUUCUCCAGAGUGUAACGGACAAGACACAGUGAAGCAGGCAGCAGGAGAGGACCGAGUGAGAGAGGGACACACUCACACACUCACCUGCAACUUUACAACAAGCUCCUCUUAUCUAACUCUAUUCUGGUACAAGCAGGAAGGACAGGGAUCUCUAAAGUACAUGAUGAAGGUCUAUCCCGGAAGCGUCAUCAAUUCUCCAGAGUUUGAUGAAUCCAAGUUUGGUGCUGAGCUCGUGGGGAACUGUUUGUCUCUGAAGAUGGAGGUUGUGAAUGUGACUGACUCUGCUGUGUACUAA